AUGGCAAAACCAAUGGCUAGUCUGUACACUAAUUUGGAAGAUGAGUUCGCAUCAGUUCGCAAAUCACUCAACGACAUUGACUCCAGCAUACGCAAGGUGACAGGGAAAGAUCCCAGAAAUGAGUUUGAUGACGACGAAGAUUCACCGACGGCAAAACGGUCUCUACAGUCUCAAAUAAUGACCACCUCGUGGGAUGACAAACAACGGAAUCAAGUGUUGGAAGAGCAAAAGAAAGACAAAAAGUCGCUUUCUCGCAAUAAACGCAUGUUUGGACUUAUUCUAGGCACGCUGGAAAAGUUCAAAGCAGAAGAAUCACAACGAAAGGAUACGCAUAAAGAAUGGGAAAAAUCACAACUCACAUUGGGCAGCUUCAUUGAAACAAAAUCCAAGCCGAGUAUUUUCUUCUUGCCCAAGAAGCACAAUAGUGAAACUCAAAAGAGACUACAGCAAACGAAGGACAAAUAUCGAAUUAUUUUUGCUGAGAAGCGAGCGAAAAUUCAAAAAGAACUUAAAGAAAUCGAAGAGCAAUACAAGGUUGAGUGCCAAAUUGAACAAACAAAAGCAAAUGAAAGCAAUGAAAAUGGUAACUCAUUAGAAAAGCCUCCUGAAGCAGCUGAUGAGAAGAUGGACACAAACAACAACAACAACGUCCAAAAUAACAACGACGAGACAGCCACCACUUCAUCAGAGACCGUAGACACCGCGGGCGAAGAGCUGAAAGAGGAAGAUCAGUCGGCCGAUCAGUUAAUGGAGUUGUAG